AUGACGGUGGCGCUGGUUCCGCUUCUGCUCGCACUCGUCGUGCCGCUCCGGCCACCGCUCCGGCCGCCUGCGCUCCACGCCAAGCUCGACUUUGACGACGCUCUCGCAGGCAUCCUCAGCGCGGCCGAGGCGGCGGGGUCGCUCGAGCCGGUGCUCGACGAGUGGCUGGAGCAGGUGGACGAGACGUUCGUCCCGACCCUCGCGAGCAAGCUCGAGGCGGUCCAGACCGCCAGCAAGCCGGACACGGACGAGGUUGCAAAGCUGUCCGCGCUGCUCUCCGCUGUGGAGCGGCGCUCGCACGAGCGCUUCACGCUGGCGCGCGAGCAGCUGCAGGACCUGCUCGGCGCGGGGGAGAUCAACAAGCUGGACGCCAAGCUGUGCAAAAUGAUCAACGACGGCAAGCUCGACGCAGGCUUCCUGUACGUGCUGCAGCAGAACGAUGACGACUCCCUCCUCAAGCUGCUCACCCACAUCCACACCCGGACCGAGGAGGAGCUCGAGAAGCGGACGCCGCCAGGCCUCGCGCUGCUGCACAAGCUCACGCGCACCGGCGACGGCGCGCUGCGCGGGCGGAUCCUGAGGCACUACCUCGCGCCGCAGGGGUCGGUGCGGCUGCCGGACGGGACCGCUAUGCCGCUCGACACUCCGGGCCCCGCCCUCGUCCCGCCGGGCGACCUGGCAGAGGCGAUCGAGGGCGCCGUCUCGAAGGCGCGCGCGCGGCGCACGUCCUCCCUCCAGUCCCUCCUCCCCGCCUCCCGGCUCGAUCACCUUGUGCUCUCCCUGCCGAUCGACCGCGCCGCCAUCGACUCGACGGUCGAGCAGGUCCGCACCGUCGCCAAGGAGGCGAGGACGGAGCAGCUCGACGAGUUCACCGACCGCCUGACGCCCGUCUUCACAGCGGCAAAGGGGAUGAGCGGCUCAGCGCGCUCAUAG